AAUAAAUGAUAGCAAAAUUAUCAAUUAUGGAGGAUGGAGUCAUGUGUAGAAGUUCACGCAAGUGAGGAAAGUUCUCUGAUCGCCAUUCACUUGGGAGUGGCCAGAAACGAUUCUUUUACAUAUGACUCAAGCAGCUCACGACUUCCGGUCUUUGACCAAGUAUCCUCUGGGUAGCCUAAGAACAUCCGUUUGAAGGCGAGCUAACGUGAGAAGGCGAAACAUCCCCUGCAUAGGGUUGUGCGCUGGGUUUGGGACCCGCCACGUAAAAAAACACCCCCAAUGAAAAAGCAAACACAGCCUCGGAUGAGAGACCCCCCUUUUGAUGACGACCAUGGCAAACGAAAUAAGGACUAUGAUUUGAGGGCAUGCACCUGGAAUGUCCGGUCCCUUAAUUGGGAAGGUGCCGCUGCCCAGCUGGUAGAUGUCCUCGUAAAGAUAAAGGCUGACAUCACCGCCGUCCAAGAAAUGCGAUGGACGGGACAAGGACAGAGACGAGUAGGUCCUUGUGACAUUUACUACAGUGGCCAUAUAAAGGAGCGCAAGUUUGGUGUUGGAUUCGUGGUGGGAGAGAGACUCCGUCGCCGAGUACUAUCAUUCACUCCGGAGAAUGAACGUCUAGCCACAAUCCGCAUCAAAGCGAGGUUCUUCAACAUAUCGCUGAUUUGCGCCCACGCCCCGACGGAAGAGAAGGACGAUGUGACCAAAGAUGCCUUUUAUGAGUGCUUGGAGCGCACUUAUGAGAGAUGCCCCCGCCACGAUGUCAAAAUCGUGCUUGGCGACUUCAACGCCAGGAUGGGCAAAGAAGGUAUCUUUGGCACUACGGUCGGUAAAUUCAGCCUCCACGAGGAAACAUCCCCAAAUGGGUUGAGGCUGAUCGACUUCGCCGGGGCCCGAAAUAUGGUUAUCUGUAGUACUAGAUUCCAGCAUAAGAAGAUACAUCAAGCUACCUGGCUGUCUCCGGAUCGAAAAACCACCAACCAGAUCGAUCAUGUUGUGAUAGACGGAAGACACGUCUCCAGUGUUUUAGAUGUGCGUGCGCUCCGAGGUCCUAACAUCGACUCGGACCACUAUCUUGUUGCAGCCAAGAUUCGCACCCGCCUCUGUGCAGCAAAAAACGCACGCCAACAAACACAAGGAAGGUUCGACGUCGAGAAGCUGCAAUCACAACAGACAGCCGAACGAUUUUCUACUCGGCUUGCACUCCUGCUCUCUGAGAGCACUCGUCAACAACUCGGUAUAAGGGAACUGUGGGACGGCAUUUCAAACUCCUUACGUACAGCUGCAACCGAAACCAUUGGUUUUCGAAAAGUGCAAAAGAACAGCUGGUACGACGAGGAGUGCCGUGUCGCAGCGGAGAGAAAACAGGCUGCCUACCUCGAUACGAUCGACCACAACACGUGCAGGAUGGGAUAGAUACCGAGAGUUGAAGAGGGAGGCGAGACAUAUACGAGAAGAUGCGGCGGCUUACAGAAGGUUUCAAGACCGGAGCAUACUCUUGUAGAACCCCCCAAGGUGAUCUAGCCACCGAUGCCCAGAGCAUACUUAAAUUAUGGAGGGAACACUUCUCCAGCCUGCUGAAUGGCAGUGAACGCACAACACCAGGAGAAGGCGAACCCGAUACCCCAAUCGAUGACGAUGGAGCAGACGCUCCAUUGCCCGACCAUGAAGAAGUUCGAAUAGCAACUGCCCAUCUAAAAAACAAUAAAGCGGCAGGUGCCGCCUGAUUGCCGGCCGAGCUACUCAAACACGGCGGCGAAGAGCUGAUAAAGUGCAUGCAUCAGCUUCUUUGCAAAUAUGAUCGGACGAACGUAUGCCCAACGAUUGGAAUUUAAGUGUGCUAUGCCCAAUCCAUAAAAGAGGAGACCCCACAAUCUGCGCCAACUACCUUAUCAGACCUUAUCAGUGUGGCUUUAGACCUGGUAAAUCAACAACCGACCAGAUAUUCACCAUGCGCCAAGUCUUGGAAAAGACCCGUGAAAGGAGAAUCGACACACACCACCUCUUCGUCGAUUUCAAAGCUACUUUCGACAGCACGAAAAGGAGCUGCCUUUAUGCCGCGAUGUCUGAUUUUGGUAUCCCCGCAAAACUAAUACGGCUGUGUAAACUGACGUUGAGCAGCACCGAAAGCUACGUCAGGAUCGGGAAGGACCUCUCCGAGCCGUUCGAUACCAAAUGAGGUUUCAGACAAGGCGAAUCCCUAUCGUGCGACUUCUUCAAUCUGCUGCUGGAGAAAAUUAUUCGAGCUGCAGAACUGAAUGGAGCAGGUAGAAUCUUUUAUAAGAGUGUACAGCUGCUGGCGUAUGCCGAUGAUAUCAAUCGACGAGCAAAAGCCAAACUCUAUAAGUCGCUCAUAAUUCCCGUCCUGCUAUAUGGUGCAGAGGCUUGGACGAUGACAACAACCGAUGAGUCGACGUUGCGAGUUUUCGAGAGAAAAGUUCUGCGAAAAAUUUAUGAUCCUUUGCGCGUUGGCCACGGCGAAUAUCGCAUUCGAUGGAACUAUGAGCUGUACGAGAUAUACGACGACAUUGACAUAGUUCAGCGAAUUAAAAGACAGCGGCUACGCUGGCUAGGUCAUGUUGUCCGGAUGGAUGAAAACACUCCAGCUCUGAAAGUAUUCGACGCAGUACCCGCCGGGGGAAGCAGAGGAAGAGGAAGACCUCCACUCCGUUGGAAGGACCAAGUGGAGAAAGACCUGGCUUCGCUUGGAAUAUCCAAUUGGCGCCACGUAGCGAAGAGAAGAAACGACUGGCGCGCAGUUGUUGACUCGGCUAUAAUCCCGUAAGCGGUGUCUACGCCAGUAAAGACGAAGAAAAGCAUGUCGAACGAGAGUUUUAACACUUCGGCCGGUAUGGUCGCCAGUAUGCCGGUGCAAGCUUUUGAAUAGCCACUACGUCUGCAAAACGUUUUCCUUUCAUGGGCAAAUGCAUUUUUCCGAAAAGUAAGCAGUCGCACGGUACCAUUUCAGGUGAAUACCGGGAGUGGUUAAUGGUUAAAAUGUGAUUUUUGACCUCUUCAAUGAUGUCCUUCGAAUGUUGGAUUCUGAGCAAUUUUUGGCCGUUAGUCAAUUUGUGCCGAACAAACCAUGCACACACCUUUCGUAAGCCCAACUGUUCGGUCAAAAUGUGAUAAAUUGAUAUUUUGGAGAUGUUCAAUUCCAUUUCCAUCAAUUUGAGUGAUUGAUGGAAAUUUGAUUUUUUACGAAUUCAUUCACAGUUUCGAUGGAAUUUCCGGUGACCACGGAUUUUGAUUGGCCCACAUGUUGAUCGUCAUUUAUGUCCACACGACCACUUUGAAAACGUUGAAGCCACUAGUACUCUC